CUGACAAUCCUUGACAUUUUUUUGCCAACUCGAGAUAAGGUUGAGUGGGGAAUUACCAAGCUUUAAAUUGCUUGACCAGAUCUACCAACGUUUGCUUACUCCCUUGCCCUUGGCACCGCGUACCUGCGUCCUGCAUCAACAACCCCGUGCCCUGCCCAACGUCAAGAUGAACGGCCACGCGCAGAAUGGGUCUUCUCCUACGAACCUCGACGUCCUCAUCAUCGGCAGCGGUAUAUCUGGCAUCAAUGCCGCCUACCGCGUGCAGACACAACUCCCCAACUCUUCCUUCGCCAUCCUCGAAGGCCGCCACGAGCUCGGCGGAACAUGGUCACAGUUCAGGUACCCUGGCGUUCGGUCCGACUCGGACCUGCACACCCUAGGCUUUGAGUUCAACCCGUGGAAGGCGACCAAUCCGAUUGCGACUGGCGAGAGCAUCAUGACCUACUUGAACGAAACGGCGGUCAAGUUUGGUAUCGAUAAGAAAAUCAGGUACAACCAGAAAGUCGUCGGGAUGGACUGGAAGAGCGAGGAGCAGCGGUGGAAGGUCGAUGUUGACGUUGGUUCAGAGGCCAGGAGAGUGGUAUACUGGGCAAAGUGGGUCAUCAUGGGUACUGGCUACUACAGCUACGAGAAGCCCAUGUCGGCGCGCAUCCCAGGCAUAGACAGCUUCAAGGGCCAAACGAUACAUCCGCAGUUCUGGCCCGAGAACCAGGACUUCGAGGGCAAAAAGGUCGUCGUUAUCGGUUCGGGCGCCACUGCCAUCACGCUGCUUCCGGCGCUGGUAGACAAGGGUGUUGCCCAGAUCACGCAGCUGCAGCGUUCGCCAAGUUAUAUCCUGAGUAUGCCACAGCCAAAGCCUGGGUCGAAGCCUCUAUGGGAGAAGUGGUUGCCGCAGUGGAUGGUGUUGAGGUGGAAACGCUUCAAGUUUAUCCUCAUCCCAACCCUCUUGUACUACUUUUGCAUGUAUUUCCCCACGCGCGCUGCAAACUUCAUCCGUCAUGAAACCCGCAAAAUGCUUCCUGACGACAUCCCCAUGGACCCUCAUUUCAAGCCCGGCUACAACCCCUGGGAACAACGUCUCUGCUUGUGUCCUGACGGCGACUUUUUCGAAUGUCUUGCCAGCGAGCGCGCCCAAAUCGUGACCGACACCAUCAAGAACGUAGUCGCAGAUGGCAUCGAACUUGACAGCGGCAACAAACUUGACGCCGACAUCAUCAUCACCGCUACAGGUCUGAACCUGCGCUUCCUCGGCGGCGUCGAUCUGAGCGUCGAUGGCAAGAAAAUCGACGUUCCCUCCGAGUAUCUCUGGCGCUUCAGUAUGCUAUCUAAUGUACCCAACCUUGGGCUAAUAAUUGGAUACUGGAAUGCCUCCUGGACCCUAGGAAGCGACACUGCAUCGCGCCUCUUUACAAGGAUUAUCAAACAGAUGAACGAAACUGGGUCUACAUCAGUUACUCCUGAAAUCAGCGCAGAGGACAAAAAGAACCCGCAGUCUGCGAGCCCUUUGAAGAGUACGUACAUCAAAAACACCGAGAACGGUCUGCCGAACUGCGGAAACAGGGGACCAUGGCGACCGAGGGAUUUUUACUUCGUGGAUCGCUGGAGGGCGGAGAGGGGAGAUCUGAAUGAUGGAUUGGUGUGGGGGAAGGUAAGUACGUGAGAUGUACAUGCGGGGCACAUGACAAUGAAGGUGAAAUGGCAUUUUAGAGGCAAGAUGUACUGUUUAGGCUCUUGUGUUCUCCCGUCUUAUAUAUCCAUCGCCCGAUAUGACGGAGUAAAUAAGAACAUCUGAAUAUCAUCAACCCUCGUUGGAUAGUCGCAAACCUCUAGCUAUCGAU